UGAUUUUGACAGUUUGACAGUACACAAUUAGGUUAUGUCGUAGAGGUUAUGGUGAUGUUAUGUUGCGGAAUGUUUGCGCGCAGUUUAUAUAUUUAAUAAUAAAUGCGUUUGAUCUUUUUUAAGUCGUGUUUUAUUAAAAAUGUUACGAAGACUAAUAAAAACAUGCACGGUACGAACUCUGGGACCCUUUCGACCACUUUCAAGUGUUCAAAAAAUUGAAAAUAAAAUAUCUACUGUGGAAAACAGUUCUGAAAUAAUCGACCCCCGACUAGUUUCAAAUAGUGAUAAUUUAAAUGAAAAUCCGCCAGAAUCGUCGGUGCUUCAGCCAUGCAAAGAAGACAUUUCAUAUGUUGCUCCUUACUUAAGACCGAGCUUUAAUUUUGCAGCUUAUGUAAACAAAUCACACACUUUGCAACAACUUUUAAAGCUAGGUGUGAGGCUGUAUAAGUGGGAAAAGAACCAAGAAGUUCCUCCAUAUAUUUUGCAAUUAGAUUUUGAUAAAGACAUCAAGAGUUAUAUUAUAUUUUUGACUGAUUUAGGAUUACAGACAGAAGAUUUAGGGAAGUUGAUUGAAAAAAAUCCGUUUAUUUUUAAGGAAGAUUUGGAAAAUUUACAAGUGAGGAUUAAUUACCUAAAAUACAAGAAAUUUACUGAUGAAAUGAUUUUAAGAAUUGUUCAAGAUAACCCCAUGUGGUUGAGUUUUAGCACUCAAGACAUUGACAAAAAACUAGGAUUUUUUCAAAAAAGCUUCUCCCUAACUGGUAAUGAAGUUCGAAGUUUAACUGCCAGGAAACCUAGACUUAUAACUUAUGAUAUUGAACACAUAAAAUUGAAUAUGUUUGUUAUAAAAGAAGAAAUGGGUUUCACACCUGAAGAAAUGAAACAAAUUGUGUUGCAGACACCUAAAUUAUUUAUGAACAAUCAGCAUAGAAUACUAAAAACGUUUGAAUAUAUUCAUAAAGAAAUGAAUAUACCGCUAGAAACGAUAGUUAAAAUGCCCCAAGUUCUAACAUGUAGGGAAUUUAGGAUAAAACAAAGACACCAAUUUUUACAAAAAUUAGGGAAACUACAAUUUGACACGAAGAAACCUAACUAUAUCUCUUUAAUUACUCUAGUCUCAGGAUCUGACGCUCAUUUUGCCACUGAAGUUGCAGGCUCUUCAAUUCACGCCUUUAACGCUUUUUUAAAGACCAUGUAAAUAAGACAAAACACUUUUGUACUGUUAUUUAUUUUAAAAUCAAUGUACACUGUAUUCCAAACUGUUAACCAAUUUUUCGUGUAUAUAAAUGAUAAUAUGUUCUCACUGGAGGAAUGUAUAACAGAACAACUUUACCAAUAACAAUAAAUUAAUUUAAUUUA